CACAAGUGACGACAAAUCAACGAUUAACACUUACCGUUAACGAAAUUUCACAGCAAAUGUCGAAACUACCCCUAAUCCGCCAUUAACAAUUUAACAAAGACACAAAAAGCCGCUUCUCCCUUUCACACUCUUGUCUUUCACUAAGACACUCAGUUCAAAAACUCAAAAAUAUGUCGGCACUGUGUUUACGUUUAUGUCUGUUUCUCUUGUUACCAAUCGCGAUUAGCAGCGUCACCGCCACCGACACUGAUCUCCCGGCGUUUAGAGAAGCUCCGGCGUUUCGAAACGGCAGAGAAUGCUUCAAAACGGCAUGGUCACCGGAGGACCGCACACACAACCCUUCCAUCAUCCACAUCGCGAUGACUCUCGACGCUAUCUACCUCCGCGGCUCGGUCGCCGGAGUCUUAUCCGUUCUCCAGCACGCCUCAUGUCCCGAAAACGUCGUUUUCCACUUCAUCGCGACUCACCGCCGCAGCGCCGAUCUCCGCCGCACAAUCUCCUCCACGUUCCCUUACCUAACCUUCCAGAUUUACCAUUUCGACCCUAACCUCGUCCUCAGCAAGAUCUCCUCCUCCAUCCGCCGCGCCUUGGACCAGCCCCUAAACUACGCCCGGAUCUACCUCGCCGAUCUCCUCUCCACCGCCGUGCGCCGCGUGAUCUACUUCGACUCCGACCUCGUCGUGGUCGACGACGUGGCGAAGCUCUGGGGGAUCGAUCUCGGCCGCCACGUCGUCGGAGCUCCGGAGUACUGCCACGCGAACUUCACGCACUACUUCACCUCGAGGUUCUGGUCGAGCCAGGGGUACAGGUCGGCGCUGAGAGGGAGGAAGCCGUGCUACUUCAACACGGGCGUGAUGGUGAUCGAUCUAGGGAGGUGGAGAGAAGGGAGGUACACGGUGAAGCUCGAGACGUGGAUGAGAAUCCAGAAACGGCACCGUAUCUACGAGCUGGGGUCUUUGCCGCCGUUUCUGCUGGUUUUCGCGGGAGAUGUCGAGCGGGUGGAGCACAGGUGGAACCAGCAUGGGCUCGGGGGUGAUAACUUGGAAGGGCUUUGUCGGAAUCUGCAUCCUGGCCCGGUGAGUUUGUUGCAUUGGAGCGGGAAAGGGAAGCCGUGGCUAAGGCUUGACUCCAGGAGGCCUUGUCCGUUGGAUUCGCUUUGGGCUCCUUACGAUUUGUUUCGUUAUUCACCGUUGAUCUCUGAUAGCUGAUUAAAUUUAAUCAUCGGAGGGUGGAGAGAGUUUGUAACAUAGAAUGUUUUGAAGCUAUAUGCAUUUGGGCCGAUGAUAGGCUUUUGAAAUA